AUGCUCGCCAGACGUUUCACCAGGUUCAUCUCGACCUCAUCCUCUUUGAGGCAACAGCUCUCGGUCUCCUCAGAGUCAGACUUCAACAUCCUUUUGGGUAAGAUCCAGCUACCACAGGUCGACAGGUUGAAUGAAUUCAAUACUCAGAACAAAGGAUUGCCCGGCAUAUUCUCCCAAUCGACUUUGAACGACAUUUGGUAUGAUCAGCUCAAUCAUAAACUGGAAGAUAUCAAAUACAUUUUCCAGUCCUUGUCUCAUCACGAUUAUUCCCAUUGUUUCAACGACUCCUCACUGAACGAAAACACCUCCAAUAAAGUCAUCAACCAAUAUAAGAACCUCUUGUAUGAUAUAGCAAAAAGAUUCGAUCCUAACGAAUCAUACCUCUUCGACUCAACAGCUUCGAUCUAUAACUUGUACUACUUCCUCUCGUCAUUAAAGUCAUCAACCUCCCCAAUCCCAACCUUGGCCAAACCAGACUCCCUCAUCACUUUCAAACCAUCGUUCAAGUCAAGCCCCCUCAACUCUGAUUUGGUCAAAUUGAUCAAUAAGUCAUUUGGCUCAAUAGAGGAGUUCCAAACAUUGUUGUUCCAUUCCGCUGCAUCAAUCAAAGGUAACGGUUAUACUUGGUUGACUUAUAACCAUAUUGAUGCCUCAACGAAUGAUUUCAAUAAAUUGUCUCACUUGUCAAUCUUAAAUACUUACAAUUCAGGUAUACCUCUCAAUUUUACAAAUCGUAGAAUUUCAAAUGGUAGAGAACAUGAUAAGCGUGUCUCUGGUGAAUCAGAAACUAAUUCUUCUAUUCCAAAUCUUGAAGAUGCUAAAUUCAAUAACGUUAAUGAAUUCCAAAUUACUCCAUUGUUUGCAAUAGGUUCAAACCCAUCAUUCUGGUUGAGAGACUAUGGCGUCUUUGGUAAGAAACAAUACGUUAACAACGUCAUCAAUGCAAUCGAUUGGGAGAUUGUUGAAAAUAGGCUGCCUUCUAAAUAA